AUGGUAUAUGUUGUUUCCUUGUUUAUGUUCACCACUUUAUGUGUACUUCGAUUGUUUUGGGGUGUUGGCGUUGCUAUGGCCUAUGAUUCUCCUGCUGUAAAUUUCGGGUUAAAUCUGAGGUUAAAGAUGAUCCUUUCUAAAGGCAUAGCAUCAAUUAUUGUGAUUAUAGUAUUAAUUCCCCCAGAAAUUGCUGCACAAGUAGUCUCCCCUGGUGGUACUGAUGCAGAUAAUGUGUCAGAAUUCACAAGACAUAAGGAAAAUACUAUUAGAGUGGAUCCUUUAGAUAAUUUCAAAAAAUACAAAGGAGGAUUUAGCAUCACCAAUAAGCAUUAUUGGAGUUCAGUUAUCUUCACAGGAGUGUAUGGAUAUGCAAUAGGGGUGCUCUGGCUUUUGUGUGGAUUGUUUUUGCUAACAAUCAAUUUUUGUUGCCAAAGUGAUGGAGGAAGAUGCAUCAAGAAAAUCAUUUCUUGUAAUAUUAAGAUUUGUGAUCUUUCACCAAUUCGUUUGGCUAUAUUGCUCAUGGUAUUAGCUAUGGCUGCAAGUGGGUUAGUUCUUGUGGGGAGUUCAAAAUUCCAUUCUCAUUUAAGCACUUCAGUUAAUAUUAUAGUGAAGACAUCCAAUAAUGCCUCACAAAUCAUACAUAAUGCAACACUAGUACUAGAAGAAAUCCGACAUGAAUUGGUGGAUUCCAAUAUUAGUGCGGAGGCUGCUGCAAUUCUUAACUCAACAAUUGAGAAAUCUGAUACUGCAGCUGAAAAUAUUGUAAAGAAAACUAGAAAGAAUAGGCGCAUUAUUGACAUGGCUUUCAAAGUUUAUAAUGACUAUUGUGGUCAUAAGCUUGAAUUUGGUGGCAGUAACAGCUUUAUCAGUUUCUGGAGUACUGAGGUUUUGGAGGGUACUUUACCUAUUUGCUACAGUAUGUUGGUUGAUAACAGUGAUUUGCUGGCUACUCUUUGGAUUGUGAAUUCAGGUAUAUCAAAUCUGCCAGGGACUUUGUUUCAAAAUCAUGUUUAUAUAUGCAAUCCUUUCUCAGCACCACCUGAAUAUUUAUAUCAGCCAGAGAAUUGCCCUCCUAAUAGUACUCAAAUAGGAGAUAUCCCAAACGUAUUGAAGCCUUAUACUUGUUUUGAUGACAAUGUUGAAAAAUGUGGCAGUGAAAAUUUUAUAAGUGGAAGUGAAUAUGAGGUGAUUGAGUCAUACACAAGAACAAUUCAAAACCUACUAAGUAUAUAUCCUAGUAUGGAACAAUUGGUAGGAAGCCAGUUGGUUAAAGAUGCAUUCUCUCAAGUGCUCAAACAUUGUAAACCUUUGAAGAAAUUUGCUCCAAUGGCAUGGGUAGGAAUGGUGUUUCUUGCAGUGAUCAUGAUGUUUUCUGUUGUGCUAUGGACAAUAAAGGCUUGUCAUGAGCAUAAUGAUAACCAUACAGGAAAUGGUUCUGUGCAGCUUCAUUAUACAGCAAGAGAUGCCUAA